AUGCGAGUGAGCACCUCUUUAUUUUUGCCCGUUCUCUUGGGCGCACUAUGCUACGUGUUGUUACCUGGUGUUAUGGAGAUGGCAGAAAGGGCUCGGAAUGGGAGUUUUGUAUAUAAUUCUACCUCAAAUUUGGAUGAUCCUGAGAAUCAUGAUGAUCAUGACCUAGAGGAAAGCUUUUGCUGUUGCUCAUUAGACGAUAUCAGCAAAGGCACUAAGGAUAUUGCUCAACUUUUAAACAACAUAACAAGUCGACCUUUUUUUCGCUUCUUUAAGGUGAAUUUGGAGAAGCCUUGCCCCUACUGGGCGGUUCAACUUCUGUGCACGAGCGAAGAAAAUAACUGCCAGGUUUGUUCAUGUGAUGCAAAUGAAGUUCCGGAAGCUCUCAAAUAUUCUCACGAUAUGAGUGAUCCCUCUGUUGUUGAUUCUCGUGUUUUCUAUGGAAAGCCAGAUCCUCUUAAUGUUGAUAAAUGGGGCGUCUGGAGGGAUGCUGAUUCCACUGCGACUUAUGUGGACCUUUAUCAAAAUCCCGAAGGAAAUACAGGAUAUUCUGGACCAAUGGCCUCCCGAGUGUGGCAGGCUAUUUAUAAAGAAAACUGCAUGACAGAGGUGGUUGAGGAGAACGGGCUAAAGGCUGAAACACAAUGUAAGGAAGAAAAAGUUUUUAAAAGUCUUAUCAGUGGGUUACACACUUCUAUUACAAUGCAUGUGGCCGCCUUUUUCCACAAGGACAAGGAUGGAACGUCCCCCUUAAAAGAGUUUGGAGUUUUGAGGAAUCCCAGUGUAUCCUAUUUCCCCAACUGUGGGAUGUAUAGGCGGAUCGUAAAUAAUACGGAAUUUAUCAAUAAUCUCUAUGUCCUUUAUCAAUUUGUUCUUCGUGCACUUACAAAGACCAGGCUCGUUUUCCUAUCCGAUCUUAAUGCAUUUAACUCUGGAACAGAUGGGACACCUACGUCAGAAGAUACCUUUCUGCACAAAGAACUUCGGGAGCUUUUCAAUACCCAUUUAUUGUGCUCUACCACUUUUAACGAGGCAAAAUUUUUGGAAUCAGCAAAGGCAAAACAACUCAUCCCACAAAUGAAGCGAAUGACGUAUAAUAUAACAACCUUGAUGGAUUGUGUAACUUGUGAGAAGUGCCGUGUGUGGGGAAAGCUUCAAACCAUGGGUAUUGCUACGGCACUGAAGAUUGUUAUGAUUUCUGAAGACAGGAUAUUGGGACUUAGUAGAGGAGAGAAGGUCUCGCUCAUCAAUCUGGCUCGACAGCUAGCGAUUUCAGUGGAAAAUUUUCAUGUACUGAAAGAUGUUUGUCGACGCAUGGAGGCUGCGCAAAAGUAG